GGAGAUGCCAGCAGGCACCCGGCACGUCACGAGCUUUAUUCGCAGCCGUAUUCAUCAACUUUAACAAGUGAUGUGUUUAUGAAGACGAGCGUUUUCAAUAACUGCGAUAAUAUAAUGAAACGCUGCGGCCGGUAAUAAUAGCGCGCAAUAACGCGCGCACUAAGCUGCUUUAAAGACGCCGCGCGCAGGUGGAUGGAAAUAGAAACGCAAGCCGGAGAUCAGCGCAGGAAAACUUUCAGGCAGAAUAAUGAAGAAUGAACAACGGUUCAAGGUCUUAAUGUAGUUAUCCAAGUCUGUGAUUAUGGUUAAAUAACGGGACGCGAGCGGAAACGCGCGCAGUUCAUUCGGAUGCGAGAAGAAAACGAGGAAUCUGAUGGCAAAGAAGAAACUGGUUUUAAUGCUGUGUGUUUGAUGAAAGUAUUGCCAGAUGACGGAUUAUUAUAGAGACAGACAUGCCGGCCAACCUCACCAUACCCAACCACACCACGAACUACAACUUCCCAGCACUCAUAUUCGGGAUUGUAUUGAUUAUUUGCAUAAUCUGUGGGAAUGUUCUGGUGUGCUUGAGCGUUUACAAGGAAAAAGCUUUGAAAACCACAACAAACUACUUCAUAGUCAGUUUGGCUGUUGCUGAUCUGCUCUUGGCUGUUCUGGUUUUGCCGCUGUUCGUUUACGCGGAGUUUCAGGAUGGAGUUUGGAGUUUGAAUAUGACUGUAUGUGAUGGACUCAUGACUAUGGAUGUGAUGCUUUGCACAGCUUCUAUAUUUAACCUCUGUGCCAUCAGCAUUGACAGGUUCAUCGCUGUGUCCAUCCCUCUUAAUUACAACCGCAAACAUGUGGACUACCGACAGAUUGUCCUGCUAUCCGCCACGUGGAUCUUAGCCUUGGCCGUGGCCUCGCCGGUGAUGUUCGGAAUCAACGACGUCCCCAACAGGGACCACAGCGAAUGCAAGCUGGAGGACAACAAUUACGUGGUCUACUCCUCCGUCUGUUCGUUUUUCGUGCCCUGUCCCAUCAUGCUGUUGCUGUAUUGCGGGAUGUUUCGCGGGCUGAGGAACUGGGAGGAGGCGCGAAAGGCCAAGCUGAUGAGCAGCAUGCAGGCCUGCAGAAAGCUCCAGGAAGCAGAAUCGUUGCAGCCCCUGUCCGGAUUGCCCCCUCCUUUACCGCCCAUCAUCGACAAAGACCUCGCUGAUAUGUCUCUGGAUGAGCUGGAUCAGGACCAGUAUCCCGACUCGGACAGUCCGUACCAGGUGGACUGUAAAGACGGAGGCGUGUCCAUGCUGGCGUACCCCGGUGAGAGCUAUAAUGAAGAUCAGAACCGGAACCGACAGAAGAAGAGAGCAAAGAUUAACGGACGGGAACGGAAAGCCAUGAGGGUGCUGCCUGUUGUAGUAGGUGCCUUUCUGUUCUGCUGGACGCCGUUCUUCGUAGUGCACACUAUGAGGGCUCUCUGCGAGGACUGUGACAUCCCCAGUAGCGUCACAAGCAUCGUCACCUGGUUGGGUUACGUCAACAGCGCCCUCAAUCCGAUCAUCUACACCGUCUUCAACACAGAGUUCAGAAAGUUCUUUCGGAAGUUUGUUCCGACUCUGCCCAGCUGCUGCUAACCGCUAACAGUUUAUGAACAAUCGAAACGAACCCAAAAAUGUGAAUAAACCAGAGAUAAAAAUGCUUUGUGUAAAUACAGCAUGUUUUAUGACAGUAUGCUUAUUGCUGCCAUUAUAUUUACUCUUGUUUUAAUUUUGUAAGUUUAAGUUUUCAGAACUGACAUCAGUGGGCCUCGUUCAUGAAAUAUGUGCAGAAGGAAUUUUCUCGUUGUCCCACAAUAUUAGUCGUGAUUAGGAAACAUUUACAUUCAUGCAUUUGGCAGAUGCUUUUAUCCAAAGCAAUUUAUAGUGCAAUACAAUGUAUACAUUUUUUUCAGUAUGCAUGUUUCCUCGAAUCGAACCCAUGACCUCUUGCGUUGCUAAUGCAAUGCUCUACCAACUGAGCUACUAUUUUAUUUUGAUUUGUUCUGCAUGUGUUUUAUUAAUAUGGCCAACGUAGGCUUUCUACGAAAACAAUGUCUGUGGAUUGGUUUACUAUACGACGUUCUUGUCACACAUGAUGGAGAUUGUACAGUGACCUGGGUUUGAUUUUUUAUCUUGCAAUCUGAUA